AUGGCACACAAAAUGUCUGAAAGGGAACUAAGGUGUCUUAAAAGAGACAAAUUGCGUCAGGAAAUAGCCGAAAUGGAAAAAGCCUUACAAGAUAGAAUAGAGAAAGAUAGAUUAGAGACAAUCAAAGAAAGAGAUAGAGAAAUUCAAUUGAAUCAAUUUAGAGAAUUACAGAGACAGAGAAGUGAACUUGAAACAAAGAGAAAAGAGGCUAAACAAAGGAAGGAAAGAUUGAGACAAAUGAAGGAAGAUGAACAAAGGGAAAACAGGGAAAUAGAUGAAUUAAUAGAAAGGAAAAAACAGUUAGAUUUAGAAGUAGAAAGAAUUGAAGUUGUUGAAAAUGUACAUGAAAAUGAUAAUAAAGAGGAAAGUGAAUAUGGUGUUUUUGAUGAAACAGACGAAAAUAUAGAAAAUGAAUUGAAUGAAAUAGAAGGAGCAUAUGGCUAUGACAAUGAAGAUGAAUUUAAUGAUUUAUAUACGGAUGAAUAUAUGAGGGAUGAUGUCAGAUAUAAGGAUAAUGCUGCUAUUGGGAGAUCUUUGGUCACUGUGGAUAACUAUGGCAAUAUAGAUGCUAUCAGCUCAAUAGGUAGCGACAGGCAAAGUAUAAAAAGUAGAAGUAAAAGAAAUGAACAGGAUGAAUUACAUAAGAGUGAUACACAUGAAAAUAGAUUUAGAAGGUUAGACAAAACAAAGGAAAGAGAGAAGGAAAUAGGAGUAUUGAGAAAUUCUGAGGACAGAAUUAAAAAGAAGGAGGUGAAAGGCAUGGAUGAUGAGAAAAUAGAAUAUGGAAAGCACAUAAAACAGGAAGACGAAAUUGAAGAUGAACAAGAAUUAAUAAAACAGAUAGAACAGAUGAAAUUACAAGAGAAAAGAAUGAUAGAAGAUAUAAAAAGGAAAGAGAGGUUAAAAGAAGUAAGUCGACAGAAAAAUGAAACAGAAAGAUUAUUAGAGGAGAAAAGAAAAUUAAAAGAGGAAAGGAUGAGAAAGUGGAAACAAGUGAAAAAUGAUCUAGAGCAGAGUUUGUUGGAGAAAGAAAGCACAAUUAGUAUGCUUGAUGAGGAACUGAAAGUUGUAGAAUCUCCAAAACAGAAGUUACAAAAGAAAUCGACUGCAGAAACUAACAGACUGACACAACCACUUAUCUAUAAACCUAGCGUUCCAAAAUUGACAGAUCUACAGUAUUUCAGAGAAUGGAAAGCGGAAGUACAAAGUAUGCUCGAGUCUAAGAUUUACCACACAGAAGUACUUAAACAAGCAGUAAGAAACUCCAUCAGUGGUAGGCCAAGAAAGAUUCUUUCGACAAUGAAAGCUACGGCAACCAUUGAAGAAAUUUUGCAAACCCUCGAUAGUAACUUCGGAAACAUCAAAAGCGGAGAAAGCAUAAUAGAAGAAUUUUACACAGCAAAGCAAGAAAAAGAUGAAGACAUAGCAGCCUGGGGUGUAAGGCUAGAAACAUUACUACAGUUGGCAGUAGAAAGAAAGCAGAUUGAAGAAAAGAAGAUAGAUGACAUGCUCAAAACCAGAUUUUGGAGAUAUAUGAGUAGCACUGAACUACGGAAUGCCACUAGAGUAUACUAUGAGACAGCAAGCACUUUCGAAGAGCUAAAGAAGAAAGUGAGAAGAGAAGAGCAAGAGAUGAAUGUAACUAAAGACCAGGAUCAGCCAAACAAGUUAACGCCCAACAGACUGACCAACAGUUAA